AUGAUGGCCCAACCCACAAGUCAAUCAAAGAGAGGGCCAAGUGCUUUCCAGAGUGGCAAGAUUGAAGGGUUCAAAAUCCCAAAAACAUACGACGAAUGGCUGCAGCUUGUUGGACGCAAAGCCGAGUUGAAGCAUGCUACCAUACAUACCAUUCCCCCCCCCCCCCCAAAUGGAUUGCGUCAGCUUCGGAAGCGUCACACUCUCAAUACGCAAUGCUUCUACGGGUUCAGCCCGGCUGUUCUUACAGCUGCCUCCGAUGCGCUGGGCGGCUCAAUCGAAUGGAGCCGUUACCUGCAGCUCAUCCAGGCCUCUACCAGCAUUGACCGCAUCAAUGAAAAUGACCCGACAUGGCCAGGGGCUUUUGCAGCUGUCAAAAGACUCCAAGAGCAAACCACAAAUGUGGGUGGUGUUUCUGACGCCAGCAGUCAUCCUGCUGCAGACACUCGCUCGACACUCACUCAUGUUAUUGGCUCUGAGCUCGAAUGGGUCUUCAACAGGAUCCACUUUUCCUGCCAGCUACAAGCAACGAGGUUCAAUGCAUUCACGGACGGGGCGCUACGAUCAAAGCAGAAUCAGCGGGUCUUCGCGAUUCUCGAAGCUAAAAAGCGAUCACGUGGAAAGGACAGUGACCCGAUUAUCAUGCAAGAGGCUUGUCAAGUUGCUGCAUGGUCAAGUUCAUCAGGGAGAGCAGGGGCUUGUUUCAAUGACCACUUUCUUCUAAUCCCGCAGAACCGAGAUGCGCUCUUCCUAACGUUCGUACCUUUUGUGCAAGAGUACCAAAAUCAUCUCAGGAAUGGCGCCAACGCUGGUGGAUUUCUGGUUAUGAAAACUUUCGGUCCAUUUCGCACUACAAUGUCGAAUGAGAUGGCAGAGUUUGGUAUAAUCAUUGCUGCCGCCGGCCAGAUCGCAAGUUCAGCCAUUUCGGAUGUUUAG